AUGAUAGUCCCAGUCCAUCCGCGAAGCCUUGACAAAGGGGUAUCAAUAGAAACUCCUUGGUCGGCUCAUGUCAUUUUAAGGGAAGUUCUUGUUACCACCGAAGUAGACGGCUGGAUCUUUUACGGUGUUCGUGCAGAGACUCAGGACGGUGAGUCUUGGGACUGGUUGAGUACCGAAUGCCUUCUAUGGGUAUUCGACGAUGGAACAGGUCUCAGGAUGUGGCAGGACUCGCCUCAGCCAUCACGCUUCAGUUCGCCGGAGCCGCAAUACAAAUUCGAAACCAUCGUAGGACAUUGUGAGUUAAGCAACGGGGAAUGCUAUCUUGCGGUCAAGUGGAAAGACCGCGUCUCCCCAACAUGGGAGUUGGAGCAAGACAUGGCUUAUUGCGCCGACGUUGUCACGAACUAUUUCAUAUAA